AUGAUCCAUACUCCAGGAGGCAUUGUUGAUAAGGACCUUCGUCACUACCUCAAUUUACGGUUCCAGAAAGGUUCGGUAGACCAUGAGCUCCAGCAGAUCAUAAGAGACAAUCUCUACCUCCGCACAGUGCCAUGCACCACAAGGCCACAUAAGGAGGGGGAAGUCCCUGGUGUGGACUAUAUUUUCAUCACUGUUGAAGAUUUUAUGGAAUUGGAGAAAAGUGGCGCUCUCUUAGAAAGUGGAACCUAUGAAGACAACUAUUACGGCACUCCGAAGCCUCCAGCAGAACCAGCUCCAUUGCUGUUAAAUGUAACAGAUCAGAUCCUCCCAGGUGCCACUCCCGGGGCUGAAGGCAAACGCAAAAGGAAUAAGUCUGUGAGCAAUAUGGAGAAGACGGGUAUUGAACCACCGGAGGAAGAAGAGGAAGAAAGACCUGUGGUCAAUGGAAAUGAUGUGACAGUAACACCAGAAUCAAGUGAACAUGAAGAGAAGAGUACAGGUGUCUCAGGUGAGGUAUCUUCCACCCAACCUUGUCCUGCACCAGGAUAUACUCAGCCUGAAGAAGCAAAGGAGGAUAUGGAUGUAACAAAACAGACUAAACCUGAAGAGAAUGAUGACUUGGGCCCACUGCCUGAUAACUGGGAAAUGGCUUAUACAGAAAAGGGGGAAGUCUACUUUAUUGACCAUAACACAAAGACAACAUCAUGGCUGGAUCCACGACUUGCGAAAAAGGCUAAACCUCCAGAAGAGUGCAAAGAAAACGAGCUUCCAUAUGGCUGGGAGAAAAUUGAUGAUCCCAUUUAUGGCACUUAUUAUGUUGACCACGUAAAUAGAAGAACACAAUUUGAAAACCCUGUCCUAGAAGCAAAAAGGAAGCUACAGCAGCAUAACAUGCCCAACGCAGAACUUGGAACAAAGCCUAUGCAGGCCCAAGGUUUCCGAGAAAAACCACUCUUCACCCGUGAUGCAUCACAGCUGAAGGGGACUUUCCUCAGCACAACUCUUAAGAAAAGCAACAUGGGUUUUGGAUUUACCAUCAUUGGUGGGGAUGAGCCAGAUGAGUUUCUCCAGGUGAAGAGUGUAAUUCCUGAUGGGCCUGCAGCACAAGAUGGGAAAAUGGAAACAGGUGAUGUCAUUGUCUAUAUUAAUGAAGUUUGUGUCCUUGGACAUACUCACGCAGAUGUAGUCAAACUCUUCCAGUCUGUUCCUAUUGGUCAGAGUGUCAACUUGGUGCUAUGUCGUGGAUACCCUUUGCCCUUUGAUCCUGAAGAUCCUGCCAACAGCAUGGUGCCACCCCUUGCAGUAAUGGAGAGGCCUCCGGUAGUGGUAAAUGGAAGACAUAACUAUGAAACUUAUUUGGAAUACAUUUCUAGGACUUCUCAGUCUGUUCCAGACGUAACAGAUCGACCACCACACUCCUUGCACUCCAUUCCAGCAGAUAGUCAGCUUGAUAGCACAUUCCCACCACCUGCCCAUGAUGAUAAUGUAUCAAUGGCUUCUUCUGGGGCCACCCAAGCUGAACUCAUGACCUUAACCAUUGUGAAAGGGGCCCAGGGCUUUGGCUUCACUAUAGCAGACAGUCCUACAGGACAGAGGGUGAAGCAAAUUCUAGACAUUCAGGGAUGUCCUGGUUUGUGUGAAGGUGACCUCAUUGUUGAGAUCAACCAGCAGAAUGUACAGAACCUGAGCCAUGCAGAAGUAGUGGAUAUACUUAAAGAAUGUCCUGUUGGAAGUGAAACUUCUUUGAUUAUCCAUAGAGGAGGUUUCUUUUCUCCAUGGAAAACUCCAAAGCCUAUGAUGGAACGAUGGGAGAAUCAAGGCAGCCCUCAAACAAGCCUGUCUGCUCCAGCUAUGCCACAGAAUAUUCCUUACCCACCCACUCUUCACAGGAGUUCAUUUCCCGAUUCAACAGAGGCCUUUGAUCCACGAAAACCUGACCCAUACGAGCUGUAUGAGAAAUCAAGAGCUAUUUAUGAAAGUAGGCAACAAGUGCUGCCCAGGACUGGUUUUCGAGUGGAUUCCUCUGGUCCCGAUUACAAGGAGCUGGAUGUUCACCUUCGGAGAAUGGAGUCUGGGUUUGGCUUCAGGAUCCUGGGAGGAGAUGAGCCUGGACAGCCUAUUCUCAUCGGAGCAGUAAUUGCCAUGGGCUCAGCAGACCGAGAUGGUCGUCUCCAUCCUGGUGAUGAGCUGGUGUAUGUAGAUGGGAUUCCAGUGGCCGGCAAAACCCACCGAUAUGUGAUUGAUCUUAUGCAUAACGCUGCCCGAAACGGCCAAGUGAAUCUUACUGUGAGGAGAAAGGUGCUGCCCACGGAGUCCUCCAGCCAGAAAGGUCCCCCUCCGCCCGGCGCGACGCCCCCUCGCAGCUCCCCCAGCGCUAGGAAAAUGGCCAAUAACCAAGGAGAACCGUGCCCAGAGAAUGGCAGAAGCCCAGGCUCGGUGUCUACGCACCACAGUUCUCCAAGAAGUGACUACACUACUUAUGCUAACAGUAAUCAUGCUGUCUCUAGUAGCAACGCUACACCCCCCGAGGGCUUCACUUCUCACAGCCUGCAAACCAGUGACGUUGUGAUCCACCGCAAGGAGAAUGAAGGUUUUGGCUUUGUUAUCAUCAGUUCCCUAAACAGGCCCGAAUCUGGAUCCACAAUAACUGUACCCCAUAAAAUAGGGCGGAUAAUUGAUGGAAGUCCUGCAGAUCGCUGUGCAAAACUUAAAGUUGGAGACCGGAUCUUAGCUGUGAAUGGCCAGUCUAUUAUUAACAUGCCUCACGCAGAUAUUGUGAAGCUAAUUAAAGAUGCAGGUCUCAGUGUAACUCUUCGCAUCAUUCCUCAGGAGGAGCUGAACAGCCCAGCCUCGGCCCCCAGCUCGGAGAAGCAGAGCCCCAUGGCCCAGCAGCACAGCCCCAUGGCCCAGCAGAGUCCCCUGGCGCAGCAGAGCCCCGUCGCCCAGCACAGCCCCGUCGCCCAGCCACCGCCUCCGCAGCCCCUCCAGCUGCAGGGACAUGAAAACAGUUAUAGGUCAGAAGUAAAAGCCAGACAGGACGUGAAACCUGAUAUCAGGCAACCUCCAUUUACAGACUACAGGCAGUCCUCAACGGACUACCGACAGCCUCCGCUGGACUACAGGCAUCCUCCGGUGAUGGAUUACCAGCAGCCACCACCUCUCGACUACAGGCAGCCGCCCUUGAUAGAUUACAGGCAGCAUUCGCCCGACACCAGGCAGUACCCUCUGUCAGAGUACAGGCAGCCCCAGGACUUUGAUUAUUUCACCGUUGAUUUGGAGAAAGGAGCCAAAGGGUUUGGGUUUAGCAUUCGAGGAGGAAGAGAGUACAAAAUGGAUUUGUAUGUGUUGAGGUUAGCAGAAGACGGACCAGCAAUAAGAAAUGGAAGGAUGAGGGUAGGAGAUCAAAUAAUUGAAAUCAAUGGAGAAAGCACAAGGGACAUGACACAUGCCAGAGCAAUAGAGCUAAUCAAGUCUGGUGGCAGGAGAGUGCGACUGUUGUUGAAACGUGGAACAGGCCAGGUCCCAGAAUAUGACGAACCAAACUCCUGGAGUGCUCCCUCUGCCACCUCCCCAGGUCUGCCGGAAGUAGCUCUUUCCCUCGACGACAUAAUCUCACCAUUAUCUUCAUCACACAUAGCCCCACCCUCUGACCCUUCUCACCAGAUAAACCCAGAGUCAACAUGGGAUAUCAAGAGGGAACACAAUGUAAGGAAACCAAAGGAGCUUUCAGUGAAUGGUCACAAAAAGAAAAGGUUAGGAGAACAAAGAGAAAGGUCAGCAAGUCCUAAAAAGGUAGACAGGUCAAAGCAUGAAGAGGCUUCUUGGAAAGGAUAUUCAGAAGGCAAAAAUAAGACCACUGAUGGUGGCAGGCCCACCUCAGAAAACAAAGUGGUGGGACACAGCAUAAUGAUCGAGGCUGGCGCGAGAGAGCACGUGUGUGCUGGAACCAGUGAUGAACAGUUUGGGAGGCUGAGGAAGCCGGAAAGCAAGAGAGGAGGAUCUCUUAGCAAAAAAGAAGAUCACAAAUCCAAAAAUACCAGUGAGAAGAAGUCAGCUGCAGCAUCCGACCAUGUCAAGCUUGAUACAGGUGCUACCAAGACGUACAGUAGCAACCGCUGCAGCUCGCCUGGAAUUGAUAUGGACCACAGCCAGAGGGACCCUGACGGGAAACCCAGCGAGUUCCCCAGGAAGGGACAUCUCCACUCCAUUAGCACUCACAGCACCAACACCACAGUUCGAAAGGCAACGGUCUCCCCAGGGCCGUGGAAAAUCCCUGGCUCAGAUAAGCUACCUAGCGUCCUGAAGUCUGGUACUUCUGCCAUGAGCAGAUAA